UGGGUUAGUGGUGGAGUGCUGUUAGGGAGAGUAAGGGUGAAGUUGGUUAGGGGAGUGUGAUGGAGAGGUUUUAGGGUAUUUUUUAGUAUUUGUGGGGUUUGAAGGGAGUCAGAUCUUGUGGUUGUGUGGAGAAGAGAGGGAGGAGUAUGAUAAUGAAAUUUUCGGCAAGUUGGAUGGAUUUAUUAGCACAAUAUAUGGAACGAUGGUAUUUAAGCAGAAGGCUUUGCAGUACUUCAUUAUGAAUCAAUAUUUUAUCCUGCAAGCUACUAGUUCAUGAGGGAGUUUGAUCUUCUUAAAGACAAUAUUACUCUAAUUUUUGGAAUGAAAUUCUAAUCUUAUAAUAUUUUAUUUAACUUUCAAAAUUUAAAGAUAGUUUUAAAGAUAUCUGUUCAUUGAACACUCUGACUUAAUUUGACGAUUUUUAUAAUUUAUUAGCUUGCUUGGUAAAAACAUUGUUUGUUCAUCGUCAAAUAAUAAUUAUCAAAAUCUGGAUUGCAUCAUACAAAUUCAUCAGAAAGCAAACCUUGGAUCUGAAAACCAUUAGUAGGCUUUGGGGGACAAGAUAUUUUCUGCUUUGAAACACUUAAAGAGCUAGAGAGCAAGGAUAACCUUGAAGGAAGGGUCGUUUAGUAAUUCAUUGCGAAUCCUCUAACUCUCAAAGGUAGGAAAUGGGAUGCAAGAAUAUACGUCAUAAUUCAUGGAGUCAAUCCGAUGAAAGGUAGAGAAGUUGUAUCCAAUCCUCAUUGUACUACCACAAAUUCUUCCAAGAACACUGGCAAUCCGAACUAUGUCUCAGAGCCAGAUGGUCAGAAAGAUCAAGAUAUUAUCUAUAGCAAGUAUCCUCUAUCUCGGUCUUGGGAGCUGAUCAGUCAGGAUCUUCAUGAUACAGAAACUGCACUUGUUAAAAUGAAACAAGGUAUCAGAGAUCUUGUGAAUUCAUUGCUCAGAUGCUACAGAAGCUCUAUUGAAGCCGAACAAGCAGACUUCAUUGAGAUGGAUGGAACAAAUGAACAAAAUGAUAAGCUCUUCAACAUCCUAGGGUUUGAUAUAAUGUUUGAUGAGGAUCUUCAACCAUGGCUACUUGAGACUAAUAGAAAUCCAAGCAUGGUGCUUACUUCCUUAGUUUUAAACGAAUCAGGAGUUUUGACUAAUAAAGAUUCAAAGGUUGCAAUUGAAGUCAAAGCUAAUCUCAUCAACGAAGUUGCUAAAAUCCUUAUUAAUAAAGAAGACAGCAAUUAUUUUCUGAAGUGUUAUGAUAACUCAGAUCCAGAAUCUGAGGAUGCAAAUUUUAUUUAUGAAAGAGUGUUCAAGAUAUUCAAACAUAUCUGAGGAGCAAAGCUCAAGAGGACAGUGUUGAUUAAUGACUUUAUAAAUUAUAUCAGUUCAUUGCCUGAAGAGCUCAUUAGGAGUAUUACAAGUGAUCAGAUAAUCACAAAUUUAAACCUCAAAGAGGAAGGAGAAAUUACUCUUACACAGUUCUUCUUGAUGUUGGAGAAAUUUCCGGAAUUCUUAUCAGUCAAUUUUCUAGACUUCCUAAUCAGAAUUGAGGAGGAUUAA